GGCUUGAUGAACUAGUUCUGGCCUAGCUGUAGCACAUCGGAGCUGAGAAAACAUGCCUUUGUCAGGCGGUUUUGUGUGUCUUCCAAGUUCUGUGUCUUUUCUAGCCGCAGCCACUUACCCGAUACCUACUGUAGGUACAGCGGUACAGUUGCAGUAGUGCACCUAUAUAGAGGCUAUGGUAGGGCUUACUUACUGUACCUAGGUUAGGUAAUUAGGUACCUACAGCGAUAAUCUUAGCAGGCAAGGUACCUACAGUGCCAGGUAAUAGAUGGCGGGGUAGUUUGAUUUUUGUCAUCAUGCAAAACGCAUGAGCCAGUCGAGCCAGUCUUCUUCGAUCGCCAACCUCGGAUCCCUGCUACACUUCAAUCCGGGAGAAAGGGAAACAAAAAAAAAAGAGGAGAGAGAGGGGAAAGAGACACUACGCGGAAUAUCGAGAAAGAAAAAAAAGAAAAAAAAGAGCCUAAAUACCUCCAUUGCAUUCCACCAUGGCGGCCGACACUGCCACCCACCAAUUUCCCCUCCCUGCGAUCCUCGAAUACCCCUCCUCCACCCCACCAGAGCUCAUCACGCAAGGUGCAGAGGGCCGCUUAUACAAAUCGACAUAUCUUCUGCCCUCGAUUCCGUGUGCUGUCAAAUACCGGCCGCCGAAACCGUGGCGGCAUCCUCUCCUCGAUGCACGGUUGACACGUCACCGCAUCCUGUCCGAAGCCCGUAACCUCGCGAAAUGCCGCCGUGAAGGCGUCCCUGUCCCCGCCGUCUACGCCAUCGACGAGAGUGCAGGAUGGCUCAUGAUGGAAUGGGUUGCCGGAGGCCCUGUGCGCGCCGCUAUAAAUGAGUGGCUGCGUCGACGGCGUGAUGCUGAACGCGCCGAAGGCAGGGCGGGUGAUGCGAUGGUUGAGGGCACCGGCGAGGCGGAUGCAGAUCUAGUCGCUUUGCUGCGACGAAUAGUCACAGCUAUAGGACGCAUGCACAAAGUCGGCAUCGUACACGGAGAUUUGACAACAAGCAAUAUGAUGUUGACGCCAUGGGAAAGAGGCAAGGAGCCUGCGAAUGGACACAGCGUGGAAGGUGACGGGUUGUUGGAAGGCGACAUUGUCAUCAUUGACUUUGGUCUUGCUAGUCAAAGUGUGUCUCACGAAGACCGAGCCGUGGAUCUCUACGUGUUGGAGAGAGCGUUUUCCAGCACACAUCCCCGGGCAGAAAAGCUCUUCACUGCUAUGCUUGAAAGCGCGUACAAGGAGACGUUCAAAGAAGCGCCCAUAGUGCUUAGGAAACUAGAAGACGUACGCAUGCGAGGUCGGAAGAGAAGCAUGAUAGGCUAAUUAGGUUGAUUCUGAUAAACCUCCAAGAUGCGAAGUCAACAGUCAAUCGUGAUGAGAUAUCGCAAUGCGAUAUCGUAACGUGCAUUUUCAUUCCGUGAUCCUAAAAUUAGGGACUUAAAAA